AUGAGUAAUGUCAGAGCCGCCAUUAUCACUAUUGGCGAUGAAUUGCUGAUCGGCCAGACGAUCGAUACCAACUCGGCAUGGAUUGCCCAGCACCUGAACAUCCAGGGGAUUGAUGUACUGCGCCGCGUAGCCGUCGGCGACCGUUGGGAAGCCAUCUGGAACUCGUUAAGCGAUGAGCUCAGGGAGAGCGAACUGAUCAUUAUUACCGGCGGGCUGGGGCCUACUGCUGACGAUAUUACUAAACCAUUACUCUGCGAAUUUUUCGGCGGUAAGCUGGUGGUGGAUGAGGCCGUACUGGAUCAUGUAAAACAGAUGUUCCUGAAGCGAAACCGUCCUUUCCUGGAGCGUAAUCUGAAACAGGCAGAAGUGCCCGAUGUCUGCACGGUAUUGCACAACCGGCUGGGCACAGCACCCGGUAUGUGGUUUGAGCGCGAUGGUAAAGUGAUUAUCUCCUUGCCGGGUGUGCCGUUUGAGAUGAUCUGCAUUAUGGAAGAUGAAGUGCUGCCCCGGCUGAUGAACCGGUUUCAGAGUGAAGCCAUCGUACACCGCAGCAUUAUCACUGCAGGUGAGGGUGAAAGCUUUAUUGCCGAGCAGAUACUUGAUUUGGAAACCGCCCUGCCGCCACAUAUAAGACUGGCCUACCUGCCAACCCCGGGUAUCGUACGGUUACGUUUAACGGGUCAUGGGCCUGAUGAAGCAGCACUUAUACAGGAAGUAGAAAAACAUCAGCAGGAGAUCGCCAACCGGCUGGAGCAUAUUGUAGUGGCGUUGGAGGACAUUCCGCUGGAACACGUAGUGGGCAAUGUUUUAAAGGAAAAAGGACUUACCCUUGGUCUGGCCGAAAGCUGCACCGGUGGCUAUAUCGCACAUAAACUGACGCAGAUAUCCGGGUCUUCUGGUUACUUUACAGGCAGCAUUGUUUGCUACCAUGAGCAGGUGAAAAAAGAUGUAUUGGGCGUAAAGCAGGAAACGCUGGAUGCUUAUGGUGUGGUCAGCGAAGAAGUGGCUGUGCAGAUGGCGGAAGGCGCUUUGCGCGUGCUGAAAACAGAUAUUGGUUUUGGUGUGACGGGGCUCUUAAGCCCCAGCGAUGAUUACAAGAUACCGGUAGGCACCGUUUGCGUAGCGGUGGCCAAUAAAGAACGCACUGUCAGCAAAACAUUCCAGGUUCAUUCCGACAGGAUGCGGAACAAAGACACCACAGUGGGCGCCUCCUUAUUGCUUAUCUGGAAAUUCAUUGUUGACCGGUUAUGA